CGAUAAGGGGAUGUCUCCACCUGCCGAACCCAAAAAUUUGACCUGCAAGACAACAUGGGGAACUUUUUCCAGCCAAGUCGAGGACCUGGACCACCACACUGCAUCAACACCAAUUGACUGCAACACAUAAUCCACAACCAUGGCCGGAACAGCUACGAAGAAGCGAACAAAUGAUGGCCGCCUUGCGCCCCCAACCAAGAAGCAAAAGCGACAAGAAAAGAAGCAAGCCGAACCCGCCUCCGACAACGAAGAACAGGAAUUCGAUGCGGUAAACCUCCUCGAUUCUGACGAUGAUAUUCACAACGCUGCUGUCGACGACGGCGCUGCCUCGGACGACGACUCAGCUAGCUCAGGCGACGACAAGCCCGCAGCACCCAAACAGAAGACAAAACCCGCCCCCAAGCCCAAGAAGAGCAGAGACGCGCCCGUAGGCACCGACUCGGAUUCCGACUCAGAAGAAGACGAGAGCGACGAUGGCGGCAACCCCAAUUUCAUCAAGUCCAAACGCAAUGACCCAUCCGCCUUCUCAACGUCCAUGUCAAAAAUUCUAUCUACCAAGCUCUCCAACGCGAAACGAUCAGACCCUGUCCUCGCCCGCAGUGCCGAGGCCCACCAAUCCGCCCAGGCGGCUGUCGACCAGGCACUCGAGUCUAAGGCGCGCAAGCAGAUGAGGGCGCAGAAGAAGGAGGCAAUGGAGAAGGGCCGCGUGCGCAAUGUGCUUGUGGCGCCGGAGACGGAGGAGACGUCGACGGGGGAGAUGAUUGAAACGGAGCGGAGGCUGCGCAAGGUCGCGCAAAGGGGUGUCGUCAAGCUAUUUAACGCCGUGAGAGCGGCGCAAGUCAAGGCUGCUGAGGCGGAGAAGAAGGCACGCAAGGAUGGCGUCGUCGGUGUUGUGCGGAGGGAGGAGAAGAUCAACGAGAUGAGUAAGAAGGGAUUCCUGGACCUGAUUGCGUCUGGAGGAGGAGGCCUGAAGAAGGGCGGAUUGGAGGAGGCUUAAUUCAAAAAGGAUACCAAUGGCAAAUGGAUGCCUAUGCACAGACAGGGCCUUAUUUACCCCUGCGUUCACCAGAAUCGUUCAUCACAUUUGUAAAUGUCAUGAGCUUAGAGGAGUGAUGUUAUUCCCUCCCACCGUCCCUUGAUACCCGCCAAUAUCUAGCGUAAGCCGAGCCGAGCCGAUGUAUCCCAUCCGUGAUGCCGCGCUUGAUUGAAAAACACCUCCCCAGCUUUUUCUGCCCGCUAAACCUUCUUGCCCUUUCCGUUUCUGACAUGGUG